UGCUGCACCGCUGCUCGACUCUGCUCCUCAGACUCAUUUCACAUCAUUAUCUGGAGCUAAAAUUUGUGUUUUCUCCUCUGGCUGCCAGGUGGUCAAACCAGGAGGAGGACUCAAAAACAAGGCAGUUGGGCCUGCAGGAUUAUAGUGCGCUUAUAGACAACAUUACUUUUAGAGUUGAAUACAUAGAAGUCUGGGUUCAUGCCGGAUUUCGAGCACUUCAGAUUUUCCUACUCGAGCAUGAAUCCGGUCCUGGGGGAGAGUGGUUUUCUGGCUCCGCAGCAGCACCACCACCAGAUGACGGGCCAGAACGACUCCGCCAUCCCGGAGCCCGGCUACUUCCUGGGGGACCACAGCGGGUUCGGGCCUGACGGGUUAUCUGGGCUGGACCUGGGUGCCCUGCCUCCAUCAGGUCUUGCCUACCUGCACCUGAGCACCCCGCUGCACCGCGUGCCCCCUGCGGCCACGGCGCUGCGCAAUGACCUGGGGUCCAACAUCAGCGUCCUGAAGACCCUGAAUCUGCGCUUCCGCUGCUUUUUGGCCAAAGUGCACGAGCUUGAGCGCAGGAACAAGGUGCUGGAGAAGCAGCUGCAGCAGGCUCUGGAGGGGAACUGCGGAGAGGAGGGGCACCAGAAGCCGCAGACUAAAGAGAUGGGGGUCCAGACUGGAUUUAUUGGGCCCAUCCCGGCCAGACCGAACCUCAUUCCGCUCCAAAACGCCAACAACUCGGCCUACCUCCCCGGCGGCCUCCUCUCUCCAACACUAAACCUUCCUCCUCCUCUGUUUGACAACAAAUACCAGCUGGGGAACAACCUGAACCCGAGCACCGUCUCCACGGACUCAAACUCCAACCUCACCACCUGCGGUUUCUCCAUCAGCCCGGCCCUGAGUCCCACAGACCCGUGUAAAACCAUCACCAACAACAACGAGAAAUACGCCGCUCACACCGGGACCAACACCAACAACACCCCUCCUCCUCCCCCGCGCUUCCUCCCCGGGACGAUCUGGUCCUUCAACCACACCCGGCGCUUUGGCACCGGGAGGGAGUCGUGCCUCACGGGCCCCGGAGUUUCCUGGACGCACCCGGACGGCGUCGGGGUCCAGAUCGACACCAUCACACCUGAGAUCAGAGCCCUGUACAACGUGCUGGCCAAGGUGAAGAGAGAGAGAGACGAGUACAAGAGAAGGUAA